AUUUAGCUCUCACUUCCUCCUUCACACAGAAUCUCACUAAAAAAUGGUCAGCUUGGUCAGUUUAUUCACGUAUGUCUUAACAAGCUUACUAUUUCUAUGUACUCAUAACACAGUUCAAGCCAUAGCACAAUGGCCUAAGGGUGGUUCAACAAGGUUCUAUGAGUUUAAAGUCCAAAUGCUGCAAGUCAACAAGCUUUGCAACACCAGAAGCAUUGUGACCAUCAACCAGAUGUAUCCGGGACCAGUCGUGUAUGCCCAAGAAGAUGACCGAGUUAUCGUCAAACUCACUAAUGAGACACCCUACAAUGCCACAAUUCACUGGCACGGUGUUAGACAGAUUCUAUCUUGUUGGUCAGACGGUCCUUCUUACAUUACUCAGUGCCCGGUUCAAUCCGGUCAAACGUUCACAUACGAGUUUACUUUAAUCAAGCAAAAAGGGACCCUUUUCUGGCAUGCUCAUUUUUCAUGGCUUAGAGCUACUGUUUAUGGUGCCCUUAUUAUCUACCCCAAGAAAGGGGUACCCUACCCCUUUAAAUUCCCUUAUGAAGAGCAUACAGUAAUCUUAGGGGAGUAUUGGCAGCAAGAUCUUGUACAACUUGAAAGAAGUGUUAUGGCUAGCGGUGGAAGUGCUCCGAUUGCAGAUGCAUAUACCAUCAACGGUCAUCCGGGUCCCAACUACAACUGCUCUGCUAAUGAUGUAUACAAGAUUAAUGUGGUACCUGGAAAAACAUACAUGUUAAGGCUAAUUGGCGCGCUUUUGAACAUGGAAAGCUUCUUUUCAAUAGCUAACCACAAGUUAACAAUAGUUGAAGCCGAUGGAGAGUACACGAAACCGUUCACCACUGACCGUGUGAUGCUUGGACCAGGUCAAACUCUUAACGUCCUAGUCACAGCCGAUCAGAAGAUAGGUAGAUACUCCAUGGCUAUGGGUCCGUAUAUGUCGGCCCAAAAUGCCUCCUUUCAAAAUAUAACAUCAAUUGCGUAUUUUAAAUACAUUGGUGCGACCCCAAAUAGUUUAGCUAUACCAGCUUCUUUACUACCUAGGUUUAACGAUAAUCUAGCGGUUAAAACGGUUAUGGACGGGUUAAAAAGCCUAGAAAUCGGACAAGUCCCGAAAGAAAUAGACAUGAAUCUUUUCUUUACUAUUGGGCUUAAUGUCAACAAGUGUGGUUCAAAAACACCAAACCAGAACUGUCAAGGUGUUAACGGUGGUGUGAUGGCGGCUUCGAUGAAUAAUAAUAGUUUCAUUAGACCUAAUAUUUCACUCCUACAAGCUUAUUAUAACCAUAUUAACGGCCAUUUCACUGAGGAUUUCCCGGGAUCACCACUUAAGUUUUAUGAUUUUGUUAACGGAGCACCUAAUUCAGCACCUAAUAACACGGGGUCAACCAACGGGACUAGGACCAAAGUUAUCGAAUAUGGGAGUCGGGUUCAACUCAUAUUGCAGGACACAGGAACCGUGACAACUGAAAACCACCCGAUUCAUCUUCAUGGGUAUAGUUUCUAUGUGGUUGGAUAUGGUAGCGGGAAUUACAACCCCCAAACCGCAACUUUUAAUCUGGUGGAUCCACCUUACAUGAACACGAUCGGUGUACCCGUAGGUGGAUGGGCUGCAAUCAGAUUUGUUGCUGAUAAUCCAGGGGUUUGGUUUAUGCAUUGUCACUUGGAGAUACACUUGACUUGGGGACUGUCAGUUGCAUUGAUAGUGAAGAACGGGCAAGGACCGAUGGAGACACUUCCUCACCCGCCAGCGGAUUUGCCUCACUGCUAAUUAUGUCAUACGGGUGAUCAUGGAAAUGGACGGUUGUGAUCUUGUCUGAAGUAAAGAUUCUUGAUUUGUUUCCAACAAGUGUGCAUUAUUUAGUGUAAUUUGUUUUCUUAGAACGGGUGUGUAAAGAAACAUUAGCUUUGCUAUUGGUGGGAUCGUGAGAACGGGUGUGUAAAGAAACAUGUGUUUCGGGUGAAAUAAAAAUUGAAAGAUUAUCUCGUUUUUGUGUUA